GGACAAGCCUGAAGCAGUGCACUUGCAGCUGAGCAGCUCUCCGGACAGGACCGUCCCCUCCUCCCGUCCUCCCCUUUAUAUCACUUCUGCGUGUGCGCUGGCCAGAGUAACAGCGGCGCUGCUGGAAGGCUGCGGAGACUCUUCCAUCCGACUCCACGGUGCGGAGGUUUCCCGGACAGACGCGUGACGGCGCGGACUCUUAAUCCCGCUGAAUCCCAAUCCGACAAACAAUCCGUGCCUCUGGAAUUAAGAUGAGCGCUUCUGCCGCACGGCUCUCCUCCACAUAGCGCCGCAUUUCCCUGCUCCAGAUCUGUUUCAUGUGACUCCUGCGUACGAAGAAGGAUGACUGCUACCUUACCGCUGGUGAUUCUGUGCGCCUUGGCGACGAUAGCGCUGGCGUCCAAGACGGAGCGGGCGCUGAACGUGGAGUGUGACUCUGGCCAGUUCACCACCGGCGGGGAAUGCUGCAUGGAGUGCCCACCUGGAGAGGGAGUGGUGAAGGAAUGUGGCGCCGCUCAGACUGUCUGCGCUCAGUGUUUGGACAGUGAGACUUACUCAGAGAACUACAGCCACACGGAGACGUGCAAACCGUGCACUCAGUGUACCGGCCUGAUGCGGAUGGAGACUCCCUGCACCGACUCCAACGACGCCAAAUGCGUCUGCAAGUACAACUUCUACUUCAACAGCGUCUCUGGACGAUGUGAGCCGUGCACUGUGUGCCCGCUGGGACAGGGCGUUUAUUCGCACUGCGACGCUUACCACGAUACCGUAUGUGAGGAGUGUGUGGACGAGACGUUUUCUGACCGGGAGAGCUACCUGGAACCCUGUUUACCUUGCACCAUCUGUGAGGAAGACAUCGAGACUCAGAUGGCUGAGUGCACGCCCAUCAGUGACUCCGUCUGCCACAACCCAAACAUGCCUACAGACUUUCCAAUCACAAACAGUGAAGCGUCGAAUUUUCCCGAUUACCCCGACCCGGAAGGCUCGAUUAGCCCGUUCCCGAGCGGAGAGACCACCACGUCCAGCGGCGGCGCUCCUCACUUUCUCGGCCGGGGCUUCAACGAAAACCUCAUCCCAAUUUACUGCUCAAUCCUGGCUGCCGGUGUGGUCGGCCUGGUGGCAUACUUCGUGUUUAAGAGGUGGAAUAGCUGCAAGCAAAACAAGCAACCAGCUAAUAACCGUGCGGCUACAAACAACCAGAUGGUAACACCGGAGGGAGAGAAGCUGCACAGCGACAGCGGCAUCUCAGUCGACACUCAGAGUCUGCAGGAGCAACAGCAGCACACACAGGCUGAAGCCCAGCCUCAGCCAUCACGCUCACACACACAGGAGCAAAUAGUGGUGAGGGUAGAUGGAAGCCCCCAGCCCGACUCGCCUCCAUCUGAAGUCUAAGGAAGAAGAGGAGGAGGAAGACGAAUUGGCAGGGUUUGGGAACCGAAGGAAGGGGGUGCCACGCAGAGAAUGUAAAAACAAGACAUUGAUUCAUAAUUCAAGUGGCCACAGGAAAACGUACACAAACCCUCCAAUAUGCUUGGGGCAGCUGACGGAGACUCUUCGUCCCUGCAUGUGGAGUCAAACUCUGUCAUAUAGCGUGCCUGGACACUGAAUCUAUGGCAAUAGCAAACAAGAACAACGACAUGCAACAUAGUUUUUAGGAGCUGCCAGAUUAAUCUCUACUUCCCUUUUAACGUCUCAGUUUUUAAUCCCAUGUUUAUGCCUUUUUUACUAUUAUUUUUUUUUUUAAUUGGAGGGCAUUUUUCCCCUCCUGUCUGUUCUCUGUUGGCAUCAGAGAUACAAAAGCAGCAGGGGGGCCAUGAGCAAUUCCCAACUUUUCUGGAAUUUCUUCCUUCCCUUUCAUUUAAUGACCAAUGUUAAUGUCAUUGUUUGAGAAUGGCUACAAGGAUUCAUCCUAGUGACUCAUCUUCUGAUGGGACUGCUCAGUAAUUAACUCCUUUUUUGUUUUUUGAAUAAUUAGAUGGCUCUUCCUGUGUGUAACAGACAUAAACUCCCUCUCUUGCAGUGCCUCCAGGGAUUGUAUUUUAGCAGCUUCAUGUUCAUAAUGUUUGUCUCAUGUUUGUGUUUGUGUGGUUGUUUCAUUUCAAGGCUUUAGUUACACGACCGAAUCAGCAGGCUGCCUUUGCUGGAGGUGCAAUGUGAGAGGAACAUCUCUGGACUCAGCGCCGCUGCUGACUCACCGAGAUGAGUCGUCUGAAGGGAACCGGGGUGGGGUGGGGGGGGAGAUCCAUUUACAGAGCCAAAAAACAAACAAGCAAACAAAAAAGAAUCACGACUGCUAAUUAAAGUACUUAAAUGAGUUUGGGACUGGAAAAAAAUCAAAUCUGCAGGAGAAAUCCCAUCCAAUCAUUCUUCAGUGAAAUUGGAACAGCCCUCAGAGGAAGCCGGCGCUUCCACCUCCACAAGCUCACUCCUACCGUAAAACACACAGCCUUACUUACACAAGGCUUACCUGGGAGGCGGGUAGUAAUUACCUCAGGGUUUUAGCUUCAUUUACCCUCUGCUUGCAACACAGUUCCUGCUGAAGCCUCAAUGUGACGACAUAUUUUCAUUUUCCAAGGCAGAAUCACCCGACAUUUACUGCAUUUCCCAGUUGAAAUCAAGCACUUAAGCACAGGCUUACAUCUCAGGCCUGGUGGUAUCUUUUUUAUGGAAUGCCCCUUUAAUGUGCCCCCUUCCUGCUGCUUGAAGAGACUGUAGAAGUGAGCUUAAAUACCAUGUAGAGGACACAUACUGUAGCCGAGCUUGACUGCAUUCAUUGCUUACAGUGGCACAUAGAUUCUCAGGAAUUACCUUGUUGUUGUAUGACUGAGAUUAAAUGAGUGUUUAGACAAUUUAAAUACUUUGAUUUGGUUGUUUACAUCCUGUUGAUGCAGUGAAAAUUGUUGGCUUAUAUUUGGGGAGUGAACCAGAUUCUUGCCGGUUCAACUUGUAACAAUAGUUUAAAAUAAUGUGUUAUAUAAGCACUUCGUUAAUAGGAGACGGGUUAUUGUUUACAAAGUUUACUAAUGUUGCGUUCACGCCAAACGUAUUUUGAGCAUCAGGCACGUCUGGUUUACAUUCAAAGCCUAUGUGGAUGCACAUUGAGAGCGCGUAGCGGCGUGUUUCGUGCAGUUUAAAGCGUUUUGACCGUUUGACGGGCGUCCAACACAAUGCAGUUGUUGGGAAAUCUGAACUUUCGCCGCUCAACGUGGAGCAUCAACUAAUCAGAGAGACUUGGCUAUGUGACAUAAUGGCCUGUAGUUGGUGUCCUGCCAGGAGAUCCAGGCACUGAUGCGGGUUAGCUGGUCGUCAAACUGGGCUCAAGUGAGAUGUAAACCUCACUAAUAGCGACCAUAGUCAGCGCCCAGCUAGCUUGUGAAACUCACAACUCCUCUAAAUUAUCUGGUAAAUUAAAACACGAGGACACAUUCUGUAGAUUUCAAUAAAUAAAACCCAGACAGUGUUUGGACCAGGAAAAAAAAAUUCAAGAAUCUCCAACGCGCGUCAUGCCGUUAUCAGCUGUCACCGUUUUUGGUUCAAUAGAAACUAAACACAAAAUGUUAAUCAUCUGAGCCUCCGUUAUGACUGCAGAAGCUUCACUACGUAAUAGUUUGGUGUCUCAAUUUCACCUGCCAUUGUACAAACCGACCGGCAACGGAAAACAGCAGCUCGUUACAACUCAGGUCUAGCACGAUUUUGACGCGUGUCCACAUAGACUUUGAAUGUAUCCAGAUGCGGCUGACGCUCAAAUCACUUUUGGCGUGAACACAGCAUAAGCGUCAAGCGUCUAACUUCAAAGCUUACCCAGAGGCAUUUUUGACAACCAAAGCGUGUUCAGUCAGAACGCAGCAUAAGGGACAAAAGUGCAUGAGCAUUCGAUGACGAGCUAAGAUCACAGUGCCAUCUAGUGGCUUGGCAUGACAACUACAGCUGACUCAGUGUGUAAGCAGAAAAUUUCAUCAUCAACAUCAGAAAAUACUGGCGGUUUCCAGGCAGUGGUCUUCUGUAAACGUAGCCUUGUUGUAGCCAAUAAAAUCUUGGUGGUUUGCAAUCAAUUAGCCAUAAUGUUUCAGACUGCAAAACGGAAUGUGGCAAUUAAGCUAAAUCAAAAGAGCCAGCUGAUGGAAAAGUAGAGCAAAAAAUUUUGUUUUAAAGAAGAAAACUAAUUUAUUUAGCAUUUUGGGAAUUGCUUCACUCCAACUAACCUUUUGCUUAAAUUACCUCAAAGGUUAUUCCCGGUUUCCUAAAUAUACACAACCUCUUCACAGAUGACAAACUGUCCGUCUAAUCUUAGUCAAAGUUUUGUGAAAAACUAUUUGCCCCUUUAAGAUUUCUUCUGCUUUUGCUAACAGUUCAAUUUCAUUCCCAACCCUGUAGACCAAAGUAAUCCCUCAAAUAAAAUCUGCCAGUCAAAAUAUAAAAAGGUCUUUUCUCUUUAUGACAAUCUGGAACACUUAAUCUGGAAUUACCCAACUGUGAGAAAAGUGUAAUAACAGAAGACAUCUGUGAGGGCACAAAUACUUUUUCACUGAAGUUUGAGAGCGUAAAGCUCACAAAAAUAUUGCAUUGCCCUGCCUAAACCCUGUAGCUUUAAUGCAUAUUUAUUUAACAAAGGGACAAAAAUAGUAAAAGUCCCUCUGUACUGACAUUAUUUCCAAUUUCUCUUUUUUUAAAACGAAAAAUGUCUAGCUUGCUAAGUUGAACAAGUUACAGUAUUGUUUACUUUGUUUACUUGUUGGUGAGGAGAGCAGGUUUCAGCUAACCUACAUGUAUCAGAAGAAUGUGUGCCUGUCUGUAGACGUGGUAUUUUUAGGUAGAAAAUGUGUUUUAUAGCAUUCAAAUAUAACUUGCAGAGACAUGAAUGAAUAUUCUGAUCAGAUGAUAGUUGUUGGAUUGGCAUAGAUUUGUCUAGAAAUAACCAGAUUGCAAAUGUUGGAAAAAAAAAAAAUAAAUCAACACAUUUUGCUAGAGAGUCUCUUUCCAACAAUAUCCAAGAGGUAUUAAUUUUGUCAUUUUAUUCUCAGCAAGAGUGUGAAUGCAGACAAAACCUUUAAGAAACCGAAAGAAGUGUUUUAGCUUGUUAGCGGCGCUUUUAGAGUUUAGUGAUAGAUAGGAAAUGUCUUGCCGAGGGAAGAAAACAGUGAAAAUGACUCAUUACGUCCUGUGUGGCUCUGCAUGGAUCAAUCACUCGGUCACAAACACCCCAAGACAAUUAAACUUUCUGGUCGCCUCACUUUUGAUCCAUGAAUCAGUGCAGUGUAAUAAAUGAAAGCAAACAAAGGUCUCCUGUAGUUUGCAGCUCUGUAGCAGAUGUUGGUGUGAACACGUGACCACGCACACACACAAGAGUGUAUGAUUCACUCCUCUAUUGAGAGCCAGAGUGAUUCAUCCUGAUCCUGCAUGAGGGACUGACAUUAAAGCAGACUUCUCUACACUUCGUAUGAGUGACCAGAAAGUUGAUUUAAAGGGAAAAAAAACCAAAUUUUCUUCAUCUCCAUCCCCCGCUGAGGUUCCAUCAGCCCUCCAGCAGUGCACUCAUCCUGCCUAAAGCUGACGCAUUCCCCUUUCUCCAACAGAUUGAGACUCUUUGUGAGAAUGUACAGCCUGGGUAGAAACAGAAAAAUAUGCAAGACAUGUUCAAGUAGUUUUCAUUAGGGAUGCACAAUAUUAUCAGCAUGGUAUUGGUAUCAGCCAAUAUUAGCUGCUAAAUUUAAUAUCAGACAUCAGCCAAUAUAAAAGGUAUUGUUUGUAUAUGACAAAUAGCCUGCAGCACAGCACAACGUCAAAUUUGCACUGUUGGAGUGUUGUCGUUGUCUAACGGAGAGCAAAUGAAUAAAUUUGACAAAAAUCCUACUGCAAGUUGAAAGUGUUACAUCCUUUUCAAUCAAUCAAAUUUUAUUUGUAUAGCACAUUUCAGCAGCAAGGCAUUUCAAAGUGCUUUACAUCAUAUCAAACACAGACAAGUGUUUGAUAUGAUUUCAGCCUCCUUUUUAGCAUUUGCAUUUGGUAGCAGGCUAAAUUGACAAAGAUAAUGUAGCAUUUUAAUACCACAUUAGAGAAAGCCAUAUAGUUUCAGUAAGUAGGUAUUGGAAAAAAAUAUCGGUAUUCGUAUCGGUAAUCGGCCAAAUGAGUUUUAGCAUAUCAAGCAAAAAUCCAAUAAUGUGCAUCCCUAGUUUUCAUGUUUGCCUCAUUUCUGUAGGUCUGAAUUGUUUUUCUCCUUACAUUUCCAGUUUUUUCAGAAUACCACCAACUUGAAAUUAACUUUUUUUUUCCCAAAGUGAGCACUUAUUAGAUAUAAUAUGAUUGCACUCAAAGAGUGUACCACAGUUCAAGUGCCUGUGUACAGUGUCUAACAUUUGAGUUCAGAUGUUUUAACUGUUACUUUAACUAUGUUUUUAUUUUGCAUCUUUUUUCCAUUUGUGUUUUUUAUGUGCUUUCUUUUAUAUAUUUUAGAACUAAUGAAGGAUUUUCAUGAAUUGAAGUCACAAACAUGGAGCCUUGGAGACUCACGAAAACUGUAAAAACUUGGCACCAUUAUAGAGAUUUACAUUACAAACAGGCUGCCAAUGAACACAUACUGUAUGUUAAUAUGAUGUAUUAGGGUCAUGUAGCAUUUUGAAAGCUUAAACAUGUUACCAGGUACUUUCACAAGGCUGUUUGUCAACAGAAAUGAGUGCUACCGUACAGAUUUAAUGCAUGUACAGUAGUUUUAUCAAGUACCUCCAUUACAGAGGCAUCAAGAUAUGUAAUCUGCAGCAUAGUGAUGUCUGUGGGGAGGCUCACUCUGAACCUCAGAUUUUAUUACUUGAUACAAACACAUCAGGACUUGGUCCCCCCACCCCAAAAAGCUGAAUGUCCUAUGUAGUUGCCUACUAAUGUAAAAUGCAUUGUGUAAAUGUGAAUUUCUUAGAAUUGAUACAAGAUAGAAAAACAUGCUUUAAAACUGAAAAAAAAAAAAACUGAAAUGUGUGCAACAGUAAUAAAACCACAAUAAAAAGAUUUAAUUGCA